CUUGUACAGCCCGCUCGUUGAACAUGCCGCAGCCUGUUUCCGUAUGGACAAGAUCUCUUAUCAAGUUCCCGGUCAUUCCAUCCCACUUCGCUCCCGACCCAGGCUAGUUACUAAACAAUUCCUGACUUUCUUGUUGAUCGGCCAUGGCGAAAAGUUUCGCUAGAUUUCUUGCCGACCCGGUCAGCCUGCCCCUUCUCCCAAAUAUCCGCGACAACCCGUUCACUACCAGUCUCAACGAUUCAGAUCCCCUGAAGGAGGAAUCGGCGGCGGCUGAGGACGGCGACACGGAGUCGCUGAAGAUACCAUCGCCUGAUGCCAACAAAGACAGUAGCAGCGGCAAUGUUGCCUUCGCCGAAGCCGUGAAGGAUGGUGUGCUGCACACGGAGCUGGCGCACGACGUCAUGAAUCUCGGCCUGUCGACGGUGAAGGAGGCGAAGGCGCUGCAAGGGAUCUUCAAGGACCCCGAGCGCACCAAGAGGGAGAAGCUACGGGGAGUGCUCAACUACUGGGUGACGCCGGGCACGCAGGUGCAGUGGGUGACCGACGAGGCCGACCACCGCUACACGCUGGAUCUGUACCGGCUGCCGAACCGGCGUCCCGCCUCCAUGUCGGACCUCUCCGUCCCCUACCGCAUGAUCGACCUGGACACGCGCAAGAUGGUCGAGAUCGGCGGCGGCGGCGGCCUGGCCGACGACGACCAGUACUGCAUGCUGUCGCACAGCUGGAAAGGCACCGAGGUGAACCUGGACUGGUUCCGCGAGGCGCAGCGCACGGCCAAGGACGGCAUGUCGGAUGUGCAAGCCAUCAUGGACUACUGCGACGCGGACGUGGAGAAGAGGCAGGCAGCCGUCGGCGACUUCGUCGAAACCUCGCAGCUCGCGGAGUCACUGGCGAGCUUGCUGCUGCGGUAUGUCCACGCGACCAUGGCGGAGGCCCGCGUCACCGCCGCUCAGAAAGACCAUGGGGAGGCCUGCGUGGCCGUGAAUAUGGGCCAGGAGGAGAAGACGCGCUACCUCAGUCUGAUUGAGUCCUUUGAUCAAGGCUGGCAGCCGACAGCCCUCGACGAGCAAAUCCAAACCGCUGAGUCAAGAAGAGACGACGCUGUCGGCGAGUUGCGUGAGGCGAAGGAGGGCUUCGAGCCUUACGAAGAGUUUCUCGAAGCGGUCCGAACCAAUCGACCGUGGCACUACGCAAUCGAGGACCUAAUUGAGGCCCUGCAGCGAAGAAGGUCCUCCCGCAAAAUUCAGCAAUCGGUGCAGCGGGCGUUGGAGAUCUUUAACGAGAGACCGUUCUUACCAUCCGGAAAACGCUACAUCUGGCUGGAUACCUGCUGUAUCAGAAAGAGCGACCAGGGCGAGCUCACCGACUCUCUGGCGCGCAUGGGGGAGUGGUAUGCCAACGCGGACUUCUGCUUGGUCCAUUUGGACACGCCCAAAGAUAACCAUGACUGGGUGAACGAAUUGUAUCUAUGGCAGACCAAUAAGGGGCAGGAGGAGGAUCAGCCAACGGAAUGUGAGAAGCCCUGUCACAAGAAACCAAGCCCGCAUGAACAUUUCGACGCGCUGGACGCGUUCCAGCAUAUUGCAGAAUGGGAGCCCACCUGGUCCACUCGUGGCUGGACGCUGCAAGAGCUAGUGCUCAGCAAGAUGGUCUACUUUGUGGAUGCAAGCUGGCGGAUUCUGCCACGCCAGGUGGACUGCUUGGGGAGAUAUUAUGCCUUGUGUCCUUUCAUCGAGAUCUAUCUCCGCAACCAAAUCCGACCCUGUCUCCAUGAUCUUCUCGCAUGGAUAGACAAGAGCAUCCAGGAUGAAGAGCUACAAGCCCAUCUAUAUUCCCAAGAGCCACAGGUAAGCUUAGCUAGGUUGAUCAUUAACGCCCUCGACCGAUUGACAUUUCCGGUUCCCCGACAGCUGAAUAAGAAUACCGCCCGUAUUCGCAUCGGACAGGCUGUUCGAGAUAUUGUGAUCAAGCUGCACAAAGAGGAUUCUAAAGGGAGCCAGGCGUACGCGUUGUACGGCAUUCUCAGAAGAUUGGUCGAAGAGAACCUUGGCGCGCCACUCGAGGCUCAGACGGAGGAAGCCCAGAUCAAACAGGUCAUUGACCUCCUCUUGAUGUCGCUGGUCGCAUUAGUCAAAGUGGCCAUUCAGCAAGAUAGGCAUGACAUUUCCAGGUUCAGUAAGAUCCAAUGCCUGACCAGUUGGUCCGAAGGCGUCAGCCGGGACGAUUUUUCCACCCACAGUAUCAUGAAGCUGGCUGCUGAGCGCCAUGUCACUGUGCCGACUGACCGGGCGUACUCACUCAUGGGAAUUCUGGGAGUCAGAUUCCCCGUUUUCCCGGCGGAGGGCCUCGAAAAGGCGCUGUCCCGCCUCCUGGACGAGGUGGUCAUCAACUCCAGCGAUGUCUCGCUCUACAACUGGUGCGGCAAGCACAAUGCCAGCCCCAUCCGCGGUCGCUCUCUGUACCCCUCGUGCAUCGAAGCGUACUCGGUGGAGGAUCGGUCCAAGAAGCCCGAUAAUGUUGACCGGGAAAUUGUGCGCCAUUUCCAGCACCGCCGGACGAAAGACCUGCAACAGGCCGGGGAGAUCAUCGAUUUGCUGCGAGAGGCGACAGCCUAUGUCAGAUCCGCGGACCACGGCGAUCUUCUGGCUCGGAUAGGAAAUCUCGUGGAGUUUGUGGAAAAGAAGACAUACGAGGAACUCAAAUCUUGCUUUCGCCCGGGCGAUCUCGUGACGAGGCUGCAGGCAGCCAACGCUUAUCUCAAUCACAGGCAGGACGAAGUGCCGAUCUCGCAAGAUGCAGGGGACAAGAUGGACGACAACCAGGAGCCAGAGAAUGAAGAAAGCCCGGAGGUAGAGCUCGAGUCGGGGCCGACUAGCCCCAGCUCCGUACAGCCUCAGUCGACAAGCCCCUUUUUGGCCUUUUCUCCAAGUCGCGAGGAGCAGGAAAGAGAGGACUAUGAAACCAGGCGACGAGCGGAUAUGAAAGCGGUCAGCGGUGCCAUACAAGAGAUCCUCGAACAGGCAACGAACACGAUGGGCGCACAGAGUGAGCCCGGCGAGGAAGAAAUCGCCACCCUGGCCGUCGAGAAUAAUCUCCCCAGCAACACCACCACGGAGAUGCCCAUUGACCAGCGGGUGGUCUGCCCGAAUCCAAUCGUCGUUAAUAGCUCCGGAAUUGAAGGAACCUUCGAUAUCCAGCGGGUGGUGAUAACCAUGUUAGAGCCCAAAGACCUGUGGCUGAAAAUUAAGAGCGCCAGCGAGCACGAAAGGAUUGACGGCUGGUGCACCAUCAGCACGGGGUUUGCGGUGACCAUGGUAGCCUUCUCGUGUGAGAGAGAGAUUCUGAAGCAGCAGCUAAAAGUGGUCAGCGUCAUCCAGAAUACCGUCAUCGCUGAACCGCACAGGGAGGGCGUCGAGACGAUGAUGGCGGCCGUGAGCGACCGCAAGGACCCGCGGCUGAGCCUGAAUCGCGCCAACUCGGACCUCACCAGCACCCAAGGGGAGUCGCUGACGAAAAGCUACGGCAACUCGCUGGAGCAGCGUAAGGUAUCUCGCAUGAUUGACUUUGUCACUGAGUCAGAUCUACAUCUGGUGGCCGGAGAAUGGGUGCUGGCUCGCUUCUCGGGCGCGGUCGGCGCCAAAUGGUUCCUGGCGCGCCUGGAGCUCGGCCACGGUCGAGCGUUCUACGCGCGUCGCAUUGCCUGCGACGAGUUCAACUUCAGCAUGGCGUUGCCCGAAAAAGGGCUGGUCGAAUUUUGGCACACCUACCUGCGCGCAAAGAAGAAAAUCAUGUGCCAAGUUCUGUCGUUCACUCUCGAUGCCCACCGGUCUGGCCGUAUCACCGAUUGGCUUGCGAAUAGGCAAGAUGAGGAGAAUGACGACGAUCAAAGCGACGAUGGUGAGAGCGAUGAUGAUCAGGGUUUUAAGGAGAAGACGGAACAGUACAAAAAGCUUGGGGGCUUCUCUAAAUUCAUGCGGCAGUGCGCCUAUGGGGUCCGGGGCUUUGCGUUGGAAACGUGGGCAGAACAUCUGGAAAGGCACCUCAAGGACAAGGCGCUGAAAGAUGUGCCCGUUCGACUGCAAGCCGCUAUUCUGGCCUUGCAGUCGAAAGAGGACUUGCUACCGACCAUGUUUCAUUCGGGACAGGCGGUACAUUUUUUCUAG